UGAAACCACGAGCGUGUCGGAAACGCACGAGCCACGCCUGCGCCGCUGCCAAUGGGCGCCGUGACGCCCCGGAGGUGGUCAUUGGCGCGUGGGGGGGAUAUAUGGAUCGCAAACCGGGCACCAGUUCCAUCAUUAGACCCGGGUAAAGAGUCAGUUUAACACGGAUCAACCGGCGCACUCCAUCAGCAUCACGCUUCCAUCUUCCUCAUGUCCGAGUCUGUCUGCGGGGACAGCUAUGAGGAGUGCAGGGCCACAGCGGAUUGGCUCAUGUCCAAGACACAAGUGCGGCCGACCGUGGGAAUCGUGUGCGGCUCAGGGAUGGGGGGGCUGGCCAAGUUGCUGAAGGACCCGCAGGUCCUCAAGUACAGCGACAUUCCCAACUUCCCACAGAGCACAGUGCAUGGUCAUGCUGGACAGCUGGUGUUUGGAACACUGAAAGGGAAACCGUGUGUUUGCAUGCAGGGCAGAUUCCACCUGUACGAGGGCUACCCCAUCCAGAAGAUCACUCUGCCCAUGCGCGUGUUCAAGCUGAUGGGCGUGCAGACGAUGAUCCUGACCAACGCGGCCGGAGGCCUCAACCAGGACUACAAGGUGGGAGACAUCAUGAUCCUCAAGGACCACAUCAACCUGCCGGGAUUCGCCGGAGUCAACCCUCUGGCCGGACCCAACGACGACAGGUUUGGCGUUCGCUUCCCCUGCAUGUCUGACGCCUACGACCGCGAGCUGCGGCAGCUGGCACACGAUGUGGCAUCGGAGCUGGGUUACAACGACUUCCUGAAGGAGGGAGUGUACUGCGGCCUCGGAGGCCCAUCCUUCGAGACCAUCGCCGAGUGCCGCAUGCUGCUCGCACUGGGCGCCGACGCUGUGGGGAUGAGCACCGUUCACGAGGUCAUCGCCGCCCGCCACGCCGGGAUACGCUGCUUCGCCCUGUCGCUGAUCAGUAACCGGUCGGUGAUGGACUACGACAGCCAGAAGAGGACCAACCACGAAGAGGUGCUGGAGACGGGCAGGCAGAGGGCCGAGCACCUGGAGAAGCUGGUGACCACCAUCGUGGCUCGGCUGGAGCAGCACAACAACAACAGCUGCUGAGCCUGCGACUGGCACCACGGUGCCUGGUCCCAGAUCAGCUCGCCUGCUUCAUCUUACCAUCUUUGUUAGAACGCUGCAAAAUCUCUGCUUCAAACCUGCCGAGCUUCAUUAACAACUUUAUUAGCAAAACCUACUUUUAGAACAGUUUCCACUCACUGCAUCAGGUCUUAAGAUCAUGAACCCUGCUCCUCUUUUUUAAAUACAUUCCUCCAUUUGUUAUUCAUUGAUCAUUUUUAGGUGUUUCGGGUCUUUUGCAGAUAGAUCCUAACUUAGUCCUUCUGAGAUAUAGUAGUGCACUGUGUUCAGUCAAUCAUAGUGUUUCAAUGAAACAUGGGAUUUCUAACUUUACAAUGUCAAAUAUGUAUUGGUUCAGGUCCUUUACAUUCCCUGGUAUGUUAAUAACCACCAUCGAGAAAACUGUAAUUCCAAUUCGGGUUUUAAACAAACCAACUCAUCGCUGCAUUGCUUUAUCAUUCCUUCUACUGUAAAGAAGGUGUAAAGUUUUAUAAGAUAUUUAAACAAAAUGUAGUUAAGUAUGUGUUUUUAUUUGUUUUGAUAAUAUAUCUUGUGUUUGAUGGACAUUUAGUUGAAGAAAGGGAGGAUGUCCUGCACGGUGAAAGUUACCAAAGUGUGUAGAUUGGAUUCAAACCUGCACUUCUCAUCACUGUUAACCAACAGCCUGCUUGUGCUUUCUCUUAGAGGUACUAAUUUCUCUUAGAGGUACUAAUCUGAAGACUGUAGACACUGGGAAUCUACUUUUUCUAAAUAAAAAAGACUCAGCAAAGUAAA